CCGGUUGUUCUCGUCGUCGGCGCGCGCGCAUUCACUCAUUCGGUCGUUCGCGUCAGACGUUCCGUUUUUGUUUUUUUGUUAUUAUUUAAAUCGAUUUAAUAUUUCCCGUCUAUUACCGUGCGUGCUUAACCCGGCUACUUGAGACUGUGUGUAACAGUAAAAUUCUCACUCGGACGACGGUUCGCGCCCCCAAAGUCGGUAUCUAUUAUUAUUAUCGGCAAACAAAUUACCGGCGGCGGUCGUCCGGUCAGCAGGACCCAACUGGAGUAUUCGAUAAUAGUAAUUUUUGAACGUAUGAAAUUUUCCGUAUGACAUGUUGACAUGAUCGCGUUCCCAGUUGGCCGCCGGCAACAACAGUCAGUGUUAUUAGUAUGUCUUCUUCGUCUGGUGUCGCCGACCAAUCAGCCGCCGAACCGGACGCAAUGAUACAGGAUAACAUAGCCGUAGCGGCGUACGCCCCGCCGUCCGGUUACUCGUUGACCGAGGAUUUUAAAUUAACGAAUCACAGUAGCAGCGGCGGCGGUCUGGACUCGCCACACCAUCAGGCCCUGUACAGCAGCCUGAGCAAUUCGCCGUCAUCCGGUUCACCGUGCACCGUGUACGCUUACCAACCUUACCGGAACUACGGUGCCAGCCAGUUCCACCAAACGGCCGCCGGCGACAUACAACAGCAGCAACAGCAGAUACCCGUCACUCAGAUGGUCGUGCCCCCCGUGUCUUCUUCGCUGUCGCAGCUCGUCUCGGGCGCUUCUCAAAAGUCUGCCGAAGACCAGGCGACUUGUUGGCUACAGCACAACGGCGGCAGCCCUUUCGAACAUCCCUCUAAUCUACAACCGUCGCCCCAUCAACACCACCAUCAGCAGCAGCAGCAGCUGUCCUCUUACCAACAACAACAUCUUCACCAGCAACAGCAGCGUCACGAUUUGCCCAGUUCGAAAAUGACCCAGCAACAGCAGCAGAAAGCCGUCAAGGAGCAGCGGAUCCGGAGGCCGAUGAACGCGUUUAUGGUGUGGGCCAAGGUGGAGCGGAAAAAGUUGGCCGACGAAAACCCCGACUUGCACAACGCCGACCUGAGUAAAAUGCUCGGUAAAAAAUGGCGAAGUCUAACGCCGCAAGACCGUCGACCGUACGUGGAAGAAGCUGAACGUUUGCGGGUAAUACAUAUGCAAGAGCAUCCCAACUACAAGUAUAGGCCACGGCGGAGGAAGCACAACAAACAGCGAGCGGGAUCACCCACGUCGGCUACGACCGCAGCGGCCGCGGCAGGCCACUCGCCUAACGCUAGGCGCCCCAACUCGGUGGGACAGGUGAAGCUGGUGCAGUAUCCGCCCAGCUCGCCAUACCAGAGCUCGUCGUACUCGUCGCCGGCCAUGCACCAGCCGUACGCGUACCAGCCGUACAGCCCGUCCAAGACUACUUCGCCGUACUACCCGAACAGCGAGAGCCCGUAUUCGCCGAUCAGGGUGUCCGAAGUGAUCACGCCCGAAUCGUCGCCCACGUGCAGUCCGGACCCCGACAAGCCUUCCACGGUCGCGACAUCGGCCGACGAAGCCGCCCCUUCGGCAGUCGACAACAAUAACGGUCGAGCGACCAGCAAGACGCCCACGCUGCCCACGCCCGAACUUUCACCGAUGGAACCGCCGACCAAAGACCACCACCAAUACAGGGCCGAAGUCAAGUACGAGCCCGAUGAUUUCGCCGGUUACUAUGGCCAGAAACAAUCGGCAACGGCCGCCAACAAUAACAACCACCAUCGUCAGUUCAACAACAACAUUCAGACGUCGUCCUAUCAACCGGCGCCAGGCUCCAUAGCCGCCAUGGGGGUAGCCAAGGGUAUGGUGAUGAUGUGUACCAACCAACGGUUGGCUUACGAACAUAACAGUAUCGUGACCGGUACGUUUUACCCGCCUAUCGCCACUUCUCAAGACCAACAGGUGCUGGGGCCCAGUUCACAACACCACCAUCAACAGCAGCAACAACAACAGCAACAACAACAGCAGCAACAGCAACAACAACCACAUUACGCCAAUAGACCGUUCUAUUCAACAAGCGGAUUACACGCCGGCGGUACCGUGUACACUAGCAGUAGUCCGUCGACGGCCAGACAAUCGGACGCCUACCAUGCGGUCGGAAACAUGUUACAAGAAGAUCAUCACAUGACGUCGUUGCAACAACCCAACAACGACUACCAUCACGGCGGUAACGGGGAAAUGAUGGAGAUGAGCUUUAUGGGCGGCAGCCAUCAUCAGUCGCCGUCCGAAAUGCUGCUGGGCACCCUGCAGCGACCCCGAUCUCAGCAGUCCGACUUGGACGCGGCGGCCGGCGGCAACGGCGGCAACAGUGAAUUGGACCGGUAUCUCAAGUACAUGACCGGUCACCAGCAACCGGACAACAACCACAACUAUCAACAACUACAACAGCAUAACAUGUUCGCUCAACCGUCGCCACACCACCACCACCAUCAACAGCAGCACCAACAGUACAGCUCGUAUUAUUCACAGCCCAUGCAGCACUUGCACCAACAACAAAAUGCCGCCGCCGCCGUAGACGCUCAUAACCACGCGCAUCACCACACGACUUAUCUGCUCAACAAUUGCAUCAAAACAGAAUUCGGCCACGGGUACGCUACGGCCACCGCGGUGGACAGCGGCGGAGGCAGCCACCCGCAACACUAUCCGGACGUGCAAAAUCUUCCGGCCACGACUAACAUGCAGAACGUGGCGGCGGCCGCUGCUGCUGCGGCUGCAGCCGCCGGUCAGGUGUUGGCCGGCGGUAAGCCGGAUGAAGACUUCAGCGUCAUAUUGGCGGACGUCAGAAAAACUUGCUACAGCAGUUGAAUGCUAAUCGGUAGUGUGAUGAGGUAGAAGCUGCAAGUAGCAGUUCUAGAUCUAGAUUCUAACAUAUAAAUAUAAGCCGUGGUCUGGUUGAGUUUCAAAAGUGCUUCAAAUCAAAUUAAUGUUCGUCUCGUUAUGAUGUCCGCAGGUUUAGAUGUAAUCAAUGAUCUUACUACUGUUGAGGUCCGUUAUCUUAUAGCUGUUUACUUAUGUGGAACGAAUAAGACUAUUAUUAAUAAUAAUUAUAUUGAAUCUAAAUGUGUAAAACCCUUUCUGCGAUUUGUCAUCAUGUAAACAUGUUUUUUUUUAUAUACCUAAACCAUACUUAUUACAAACUGCAUAUUAAAUACAUUGCAAUUACGGGACUUUUUCACGAUAUUUUCACUUUUCUGAUGUUGACAUAAUGUAUACGAAGGGUUAUUUUAAUUUCCACGAUCGCAGGGUAUUUAUAUUAUGGUUAAUGUUUAUUUUAUUGUAUGCCUUAUUCGAGACAAAACGAUACAAAGUACAGUGCAAUAACACGUAUUUUAGUGUAAUACCCUAUAAUAACAAUAUUAUUACUAUUGUUAUUAUUGUCAAAUCUAUUGUGUAAAUAUAUUAUAAAUAUAAUAUUAUAUAGCGCGCGGAUUUUAUUAUGUACCUAUUUGUAACGUGCAAAUUACAUU